AUUACAAUGUGUGACAAUGAGUUGGCAUGAUAGCACUUGUAAACAGAUUGGCACUCAUGCCAGUUCAAAACAUAUGUUACACAUACAUUACACAAUAGCUUGAGAAAAAGUGAAGAGGAAAUACAUUUCUUUCCUUGUCAGAAACUCCCCAGAUAAGGAGUGGCUAUUGGUUCAACAUAAAAAGUAGUGUAUGAAAUGAGUACUGGACACUUCCAACUGAACCUGAAUACAUGAUGAGUAUGAUCAUGGCAUCUUUUCUCUCCGCAGCUCUGCUGUUGCUGGUUCCUGGGAUCCUGACUGAAAAGUCUUCCAUUGAGUUGGUGGUGGUCAACAGCAUCUCAAACACACCCAAUAAGACCUACAGUACUGAUGUCGCAUUCAGAGGGGUCCUUAUCGGUGCCAUGAGAAGACUGCAGGAGACCAGUGCAGGAUUCAAUUUCACCUACACAGAGGACUUCAACUAUGGCCCCUUCCUGGUGAGUGUGAAUGGUGUGGCUGGGAACAAUACUGAAAACACUUACUGGGAGCUCCUGGUUCAGACUGGGGGGAAUGGGACUACAAUCAGUCCUGAUGUGGGUAUUGGCUGUUACAUCCCAGAACCAAAUGACCGCAUUAUCCUGAGAUUUACUGUGUUCACCUCGGGCUCGCACUCCGGGAGUGGCAACAGUUCCAAUCCUGGGAACCUGACAGCAGGAAAGACUGCCAGACUAGAUUCCAUUGAGCUGGUGGUAGUUAACAGCAUCUCAAACACACCCAAUAAGACCUACAGUACUGAUGUCGCAUUCAGAGGGGUCCUUAUCGGUGCCAUGAGGAGACUGCAGACCAAUUCAGGAUUCAAUUUCACCUACACAGAGGACCCCAACUAUGGCCCCUUCCUGGUGAGUGUGAAUGGUGUGGCUGGGAACAUUACUAAAAAAACUUACUGGGAGCUCCUGGUUCAGACUGGGGGGAAUGGGACUACAAUCAGACCUGAUGUGGGUAUUGGCUGUUACAUCCCGAAACAAAAUGACCACAUCAUCCUGAAUUUUACAAUGUUCACCACAAACUCCGCGAGUGGCAGUGGUACGAAUCCUGGUGUGUUGUUGUUUUUGGUGUUUGUUUUUGUUUUCUAAUCUAAGCUUAACCCUUGCCUCAGUGACUACAAUACAUAACCCUAAAACACUAACUAACCCCAUACCUUAGUCACUACCAUACCACACCUUAAGUCACUAAUUAACCCCAUACCUAACCCUAAGUAAUUUACUAACUCAUUAGCAGGGAAGUUCACUUGCUUAAUACAUCUAAAUCAGCAGAUAACUAUGUGGGUUGUUGUUUUCUGUGUUAGUGAUUUUCAACCAGUGUAAAGGUUAUUCUGUGAUCAUGUUGGAACAGACAGUAGAUCCUGAUCAAUACUGUUUUGGGAUUUGAAAAUGUGCCACAGUUUGUUUUACAAUUUGUCAUUCAAUUAAUAAAACAUGUUAAUGAAAUAA